GGAAGUCAGAGAGGUUGGCAUGUUUUAAACACGUUUGUGUUCGUCUUAAAUGUAUUGAAAGUUGUUCGCACGAGGCUGGUUGCUUUCUCGGGGUUGCUUGCCCGACGCCGCUCAGGACCCCCUCGGGGAGCUGGUGACUGGCCGAGGGGCCCCUGCAGGGCCUGGGCAGGCGCUGCUGCUCUCUCAGUGGGAUCUGCCGAGAGCAUUCAUGAAAACGGGGUAACGGGCCAGAGGACGGAAAGCAGAACCUGCACACAGAGGUUCCUGUUUUGCCCCGCGGCCACCUCGGGACGCACGCAUCUGCCUGCUCUGACCGGACCUCCCCGGCGCCGGCUGCAUCAGACCCGAGCGGCCGCGGCGAGCGGCUGGCUGUCAGACACUCGGGCGGCCUCGUCUCGGGCUGAAGAUGGAGAGCAGCGUGCUCUGCCUCCUGACCCUCGCGCUGAGGCCAGUGUUGCUGGGCUGUUUCUUGGGCCUGAACGACCUGCUCGUGUCCUCCCUGGAGCUGACAGUGCAUGCGGGUGAGCCCGCCCUGCUGGGCUGCGUGUUCCAGAGCGUGGAAGGGAAACGCGUGACCAAGGUCGACUGGACAUUCUCACCCAGGGAGGACGCCAAGGUGGACUACGUGCUGUACUAUUACUCCAACCUCAGCGUGCCCGUGGGGCGCUUCCUGCACCGGGCGCGCCUGGCGGGGGGCCUCGCGCACAACGACGGUUCCCUGCUGCUCCAAGACGUGCAGGAGGCCGACCAGGGAACCUACACCUGCGAGAUCCGCCUGGAACUGGAGAGCCGCGUGUUCAAAACCCAAGUGGCGCUGCACGUGCUGCCGGCGGAACCCCGAGAGCUCAUGGUCCAUGUGGGUGAUUCAGCUUCAAUGGGCUGUGCUUUCCAGAGCACGGAAGAGAAGCUCAUGACCAAGGUCGAGUGGACGUUCUCACCAGAGAAGCACGCCAAGGAGGAGGUGGUGCUGCACUAUUCCGCCAAACGCAGAGGACCUGCGGGGUACUCCCCGAGCGGGGGCCGCUUCCGGAACCGCCUCACGCUGGCGGGGGACACGGCGCACAACGACGGCUCCGUCCUGCUCCAGGGAGUGCGGGAAUCCGACACGGGAAGCUACACCUGCAGCAUCCAGCUGGGGGACCUGACUUUCAGGAAAACCUUUGUGCUGCACGUGAUUCAGAGAGAGCCCCAAACGCUGGUGACCGCCGUGGCCCGCACACCCGAGGUCCUGGGCGGUACCCAGCUGGUGAUCAUCGUGGGCAUCGUCUGCGCCACUGUCCUGCUGCUUCCGGUGCUCAUCCUGACUGCGAGGAGGAUCCAGGGGAGUAAGAGUUCCGGGACGUCCAAGGCCCCGGUGAAGAGGCUGGAGGACAGGGACAGGGCUCGCCCCGAGAAGCACAUUUACUCCUCACUCACCGUGCGGGGGGUGACCAAGGAAGAGCCAAGUGAGAGACCAGAGGCCACCUACAUGACCAUGCGCCCAGUGUGGCCUUCAGCGCCGAGUAACCCACCUGAGAAAAAGUGGGCCGAGGGAGGGCCCCGCACAGGGCAAGCCUUUUAAGAAGAGAGUCCCCUCACCUUCUGGAGGCAGAGGAGCCCCUGUGUGGCCGGUCCCGGUGCCAGCCAUGCAGACCCCCUCCCAGCUGUCCUGCCUCCCUGGCUGGUCAGAGGCUGAAGAUGGGGGGUUCGGAGCCUGGCAGGAGGAUGGGGCACCUCUGGACCCAGGCCCUGAUGGGGGAAGCACGGACAUGGGCCCUCUGGAGCAGACCCUGGCCCUGGGACCCUGGCUGAGCUGCCCAGCUGCACCAAGCACCCCAUCCGGGCAAUCCCUCAGGUUGGAGGGCGUCUUUGUGGAUGUGAUCCUGGGAAGAAUCGCAGUGAAAACCAACCCGAAUGUUUCCUUUGGCACAUGGUCCCUAAAUAAAUGUGAUUUGUGGAUGUCA